GCAAAAUUACAGUCAUAGACAAACUGGCAGCUUACAAUUAUAUGCGAAGCUAUGCGCGGAUGCUGACGCCUGACAACCACAGCUAGGCCUUAUAUUUAGCGCGAGCGCUUCUUUCUUGAGUUCAACAAGUUUUUGACUUAGCUCGCGCAAUGGGUGGCGCUUGCUGUAAGUCUGCGCCGGAGUUCAACCCGGACGGCAGCGAGAAGGACCCCCAAAGCGAGGAGCAGAGGGACCAGGACCCAGCCGACCUGCGCCGAUGGGCCAAGGAUGGCGACGCUGGCGAGGUGGAGCGGCUGCUGAAGCGAAUGCCAAGGAAGCAGAUUCAGUCUGGUGCCAAGAAAUCAGAAAACCCUGAAGAGGAAGGCCACACCGCGCUCCACUUUGCCGCUGCCCGCGGCUCGCUGCCGUGUGUGGAGCUGCUGGUUCUGUACGGCAGUGCCGUGAACGCGCGGGGGGCCGGCGGGGCCACGCCGCUGCACACCGCACUGGAGGCGGGGAAGCGACAGAUCGCCCAUUUCCUGUUGGAGCAUGGUGCCGACAUCAAUGCGACGGACAAGUCGGGUGCCAGCCCUUUCCUGGCUGUUCUAGUCUCCGGCCGCAAGCGCCUGUCGACGUGGCUGCUGCAGCGCUGCGGCUCCGACCUCAGCCACGGCGCCACCGACAAGGCCGGGCUGACGGCGGCGGCGGCGGUCGCGCGCAACGGCUGGUGGGACUUCUUGGAGAAGCUGGCGGCGGCGGCGGGCGGCGAGGCGCCCACUGCUCUCAACACGCGCAGUGCCGAGGGCGACACGCCGCUGGGCUGGGCGCUCAAGUACGGCGCCGCCGGAUUGCUCAGCGGAGACGUGCUGACAGGCGUGGUGAACAAGCUUCUGGAGGCAGGUGCCAGUCCCAUGGUGCCGGCGUUCAAGGAGCAGAUCCCUCCGCUGUGCCUGGCCGCCGCCACCGGCUCCCUGCCCGUGCUGGCGGCGCUUCGGUCCAAGGGCGGCGAGCUGGACCCGGCCGUGUGUGUGGACAGCCUGCGCCGCAACGCCCUGCACUACGCAGCGGCCAAGGGUCACAAGGAGAUGGCCGCCCUGCUGAUGGCGGAGGGCGGCCCCGGUAUGGCGGCGCACGUGACGGACGCCGCGGGCAACACGCCCCUGCACCUGGCGGCGCUCAGGGGCCAUGCGGAUGUGUCACAGACGCUGCUGGAGAAGGCCGAGGACAAGAGCGCAGCCAUCCUGACCGCCAACCGCGAGGGCGUGUCUGUGUAUCACCUCAUGCUGCAAGCCGGACCCGAGGACCGCUCGCAGCGCGGCGUGCUGUGGAUCCUGGAUCACAUCAGCGCCGAUGACGCGCGCGUCGGCAUCAAGGUCAAGGAGGUGGUUGUGGAGACGCCGCUGCUCAUGGCCGUGGCCUCGCACCAGGACCGUGUGGUGGCCGCUCUGUUGGAGGCGGGGCACCAGCCCAACCAGGCCGCCGACACGGGCGGCGACAUCCCCCUGUCCCGCUGCCUGGCCUCCGCCACAGCCGACACGGCGGCGGCCGACGCCGCCAUCUUCAAACUGCUGAUCGAGAAGGGCGCGAGCAUGGAGAGCGCCUCCGCCACCUGCCACCCCCUGCUGGCCAUCUGUCAGAACCCGCUGUCGCGCUUCAGCGAGCAGGUGGUGGAGCUGCUCGCGGCCAAGGCCGGCGGCGCCAGCUCGCUGGACUGGUCGGCCCACUCGGACGGGCUGGGUCGCGGCCCGCUGCACCUGGCGGCGCUCCACGACAACGCCUUCAUGGUCAAGUACCUCAUCGAGACCGCCAAGAUCGACGUGGAGGCUGUGAGCAAGGAGGGCCUGACGCCGCUCAUGUAUGCGGCCUGGGGCUGCGCGCCCAACGCCAUGAAGGUGCUCCUCAACCGCCGAGCCAACCCGCGCGCGCUGUCCAAGCCCCAGGGCGCCGACGCUGCGGCCGCCGCUGCUACAGCCGGCGCCGGCGACUCCGUUCUGAGCUACUGCCUGCAGCUGGACCGGCCCGAGAGCCUGGCGUGUGCUGCCAUGUUGCUGGUCAUGGGCGCCAAGCCGGAGGACGUCAAGGACGGCCGCGGCGAGGGAUUCAUUCACCGCGCCGUUCGCUACGGCUCGGCUGAGUUCAUCCGGCUGUGGGUGCGCUACGGCGGCAACGUGUGCCUGCUGGCAACCACCGCCGACGCGGCCGACGACCUGCCCGAGAAGCUGCCGGCAGCUGCGGGCGGCGGCGCGGGCGGCCGGCGCGGCGGCCCCGCAGAGGACUACCUGGAUGUGGUGCCGGAGGCGCUGGAGGCUGAGGAGGAGGCGGACGACGGCGCCUGGGACCUGGGCAGUGGCCGAAUGGACGGCGCCGCCGCAGCGGCAGCAGCGGGCAGUGACCCAGACCUUGGCAAGGCGGCGGCGCAAGCCGACGCCGACGGUGGCGACAUCGGCGGCGGCGCCACCAUCAAGGCGCACCGCAUCAGCGGCGGCGGCGACGGCGCGCUGGCGGCAUCGGGCUUUGCUGACGCGACCGUUAAGCGGCCGUCAGUUAACGGCCGUGGCGGCGCUUACGGCGAUGCCGGCGGUGACGCCGCGGAGGCGGUUGAGUCGUUCAGCCUGCCCGGCGGCGCCAACGGCGCGUCGCGCGCGGUGGCGGAGGCGGUUGAGGCGGAGAUCAACCGCUACCCGUCGUUCGUACGCGCGCCGUCGCAUGUCGAGGUUCGCGCCUGGACCCGCCGCGGCGCCGCCUGGUUUGACGAUGCGCUGCCCACCGUCGCCGACGGCGGCUGCGCCGGUGUCGACGGCGCGAGCGGGUUCGGCAGCGUCCUGGACGCGUGCCUGCUGCCGGCGUCGCUGCCACUGCCGCCGAGCGAGGAAGAGGAGGAGGCGGAGGAGGCGGCGGAGGAGGAGGAGCCGGAGAUCCACCCUGCCAUGGACGCGGACGCCAUCUGGCGUCGCAUGCUCCUAGACCGCAUGAAGGACCGCCGCGGCGGCGGCGGCGCCGCCGCCGCCGCCGUCAAGCGGCCGCUGGCCGCCAUCAACACCACAGGCGUGGCGGCGGAGCGGCUGGCGGCGGCGGCCUCAAUGACAGCGUCGCCGGCGGCCGGCGUGACGCCGACGGCGGCGGCGGCGGUAACGCCAGCGCCCGGCGGAGGUAGCUUCCUGGAGCGCAUCACGCGCCGCCGCAGCGGCAGCUUCAACGGCGCCGUGCCCGCGGCGGCUAGCCCCGUCGCCGCCGCCGCUGGCGGCGGCGCCGCCAGCAUUAUCCAGCGCUUCAGCGGCGCCGGCGCCAGCGGCAGCGCCGCUGGCUCGCCUGCCGUGACGCCGCGCGCCGCCUCGGGCGCCGCCGCCGCCGGCCGCCGCAGCUCGCUGUCUGGCAGCCCCGCCGCCGCCGCUGCUGCCACUGCCCGCGUCAGCGGCGACGGCGGCGCCAGCCCUGCCACGACCGCCUUCAGCGCGGCUGAGGGCGAGUGGAUGGCAGAGCUGGAGAGGAGCGCUGAGAGUGUGUUUGCCGCGCUGUCGCGGGGCACCGCAGCCGACGCCGCGGUUGCUGUCGGCGGAAGCGGUAGCCGCGCCGUCCGCGGCAUGCGCGCCAGCCGUGACGGCGGCGGCGGCGCCGCCGCAGCCGCCGCUGACGCAGCCGUCGACGCCGCCGCCAAGCGCGCGCGGCGCGUGCGCGGCCCCGGCGCGGUUGCGGAGGGCCGCGAGGGCGGCAACAGCAGCGAUAGCGACACCAGCGAUGACUCGGAGAACGAGGGCGCGGGUGGCGAGGGCGGCGGUCCCACGGGCGAGGGCAAGAUGGAGAGCGCGCUGGAGGACCUGAAGGACGCCGGAAUGGGGCUGGUGUCCAAGCUGAUGGACAAGCGGGUGGCCAUCACCGACCCCUACUACAAGAAGGGGUCCAAGUACAAGGGCCUGCCCAAGUACAUGGACGAGAAGCUGGUCAAGGUGGGCGCGGUGCCGCUGGCCGAGCUGUUGGCGCUGGCGGAUGCGGGGCUGGCGGAGCGGCUGGCGCGCUACCCGGCGCCCGCGGAGGAGGCGGCGCCGCCGGCCGCUGCCGACCUGCGGGAGCGCAACAUCAAGUGGUACAACCACAGCCUCAGCCCGCAGGAGUACCCCAUGAAGCUGGGCCAGUGGAAGUCGGCGCUGAAGAAGGCCAAGGCGGCGGCAGCGGCGGCGCGGCUGCGCGCGGCCAAGGGCCCCGGCGGCAAGGUGACGGUGCGGUCGCGCAAGGUGUGGUUCGGCCUGCCCGCCAUGCCCAGCAGGCCCGAGCUGCGCGAGACCAGCGCGCUGGUGUACGCGGUGCGGCUGGCCCGCCCUGCCUGCGUGGCGGCGCUGCUGGAGGCCAGCCUGGCACCGCUGAACCUGCCGGACGGCUGGGGCGUCACCGCCACCGCCUACGCCGCCUACAUGGUGGCGCGCGACAAGCACAACACCACGCUGCAGCACGUGUACGACAUGCUGCUGGCCAAGCUGCCGCAGGUGAACUACACGCGCCUGGACAGCACCGACGGCAACGCGGGCCACUCGCUGCUCUGCCCCAUCAACCUGGCCAUCGUGUCGGGCGACAAAUCGCGACUGGCGCACCUGGUGCUGCGCUGCGCCGGCGCCAUCAACAACUCCUGGACGCUGCUCGGCGACAUCCCCACCUAUCUGUCGGGCCUGUGGGAGAAGGCCGUGGCCAAGUGUGACUCGCGCUGCCCCGCACUCUGCCUGGCGGUUCUGUCCAAGCGCAUCGACAUGGUGAAGCUGUGCCUUGACCUGGGCGCCAACCCCAACGUGUUCGGCGAGUCUCGUGACCUGAAGCUCAAAGCCAAGCUGGCCAAGGAGUGGGCGGAGGAGCAGGAGCGGGCGCGCAAGCUCAAGGAGGAGUACCGCGGCGUGAUGAGCAAGGCCUCGCUGGGGCUGAUGCAGAAGCUGGCCCGGCUGAAGCGCGCCAUCAGCCGCAUCGAGAUCCCCGGCCUCACUAAGCCACACGGCUUCGUCACACCCCUGCACCUGGCGGCGCGCACUGGGCAGGCCGAAGUGGUGUUCCUGCUGCUGCGCCGCGGCGCGCUGUCCAACGGCGGCGGCAGUGUGCCGUACGCCAAGUACACGCCGCUGCAGGAGGCCAUGAUGUACGCCAGGUCCAACUUCUCUGCCACCAACGCGGGAGCCAAGCGCAAGAACUGGAAGGAGGUGCGCCCUGCGCUGGAGGACCUGCCAGGCAUGAGCGCCGAGGCCGCCAAGAAGGACGCCGACCAGAAAGCCAACGCCAUGCUGCGGGCGUUUGUGGACCCGACCAUGAUGGCGCUCAAGGCGGUGGCGCUGGCGGCCAAGUACGCGGUGAACUUCCUGAUGGAGAUGCGCCGCCGCCCCAUCGCGCACCACGACCCCGCCGUCUGGGCGGCGCACGUGCUGCUCACGCACCGCGCGCCCUACGAGCUGGCAGACACGCAGACCGGCAUCCUGCUGCGUGACGUCAUGGACAACGGCAAGUGGAAGUGGCUGCGGCGGCCCCUCGCCAAGAAGUUCAAGGUCAAGGACGACAUCUGGACUGGCUGGAGCCGCGACGACAUCGAGUCGCUCAAGUCAGACCCCGACAUCGGCUACCCAGCCAUCCGCUCCACACCCGAGCCCAAGGAGUAUCGCCAGCUCAAGCAGCAGUUCAUCGCGCGCUGCGACGAGGCGUACUUUGGCAGCGGCGGCAAGGCGCUGCACGCGCGCUGGCAGAAGUGCGCGCACCGGCUACUGGACAUCCAGCAAAAGUACGUGUACGACGAGCUCAUGCCCGCCAUCAUGAACCUGGCGGCGCAGGCGGUGACGCAGCACGUGCACGGCUCGGGCGCGCUACUGCAGCAGACCGGCUCGGUGCGGCGGUCGGCGCUGGAGGCGUCGGCGGCGGCGCUGGCGGGCGGCGUGGCGCUGGAUGAGGCGGGCGUGAUGGACGCCAAGCCUCUCAAGGCCUUCAUGCUGCCGGCCACGCUGGCGCCCUCCGCCGCCGGCGACGGCGUGGCGGUGGCGGCGGAGGCGCAGGCGGCGGCGGCGGCGGAGCUGCGUGAGGCGGCGGCGGCGGCGGCGGAGCACGAGAGCUGGGGCCGCGUGAUGGUGUGGGGCCCGGCCGGGAUGUUCCUGGGCUUCCCCGGGGAGGGCCAGCUGCCGGGCCUGCCCAGCGGCGAGGCGGAGCUGGCGUCCCUGGGCAAGGACCUAGCUGACGUGGACACAGACGAGCUCAAGGAGUCGCUCAGCAACCUGGCCGAGAACUUCGACACGGCGGCCGAUUGGAUGCUGGCCAAGAUGCAGGACGUGUCCGAGGGCCUGAGCAACCUGCUGGAGAUCAUCGGCAUUGACUUCCUGGACAUGCUGUAAAGCUAAAAGCUAUUUCUGGUUCAAGGCGACGGGUUGCCCUGAUGGGUUGCUUAAAAAUAUCAAGGUCUGGCCGCAAUCGACAGUCGUAACCACGCAAUAUUGCUCUCUUGGCGCAAGGCCGGGUGAGGAUGAUAGUUGGGGGCGGGAGCAACGGGGGCUGCAGGGCACCAUUUGUUUGAGGCGCCGGGCCACUCGUGCAGUACGGCUUCUGCCAUUUCCCGGCAUUUGGAGACGAUUCCAGGCACAUAAAUUAGCGUUUGCGGCCGGCGCGGGGUGAAAACAUGGCAUUUUAAGGGACGGUGAGGGACGGUGCCAAGCAUAAGAAGUAGCGUUUGCGGGCGGCGGCAGGUUGGUUGUCAUUUGCGUUCGGUUUGGGAUGUCAGGGUGGUGUGCCAGGGUGUAAGACGGGUGUACCCCACAGGCUGCCGGUAUGCGCAAGCAAGGGCAUCUGCAAAGAUGGCUUCGGCGGCUGGCUUCAUUUCUGGGAUUAUUGUCGGGCGGGCGUGGGUUGUUCACAUACACACAUAACGGCACGUUUGUGACGGCGUUGACUAUGUUUUGCACAUAUGGUUCAUCAGCAAGACUGCAACGCAUAUCGCGCAGUGAUACGCACGCGGCAAUGAGGCAAGCGGCGCUGUUCUGGGACACGAUUCUUUGCGCUGGGCUAGUAGAAUGACAUCGGCGCGAAUGGAUUAACAUGCACAGAUGGGUGGGCACUUGAGCCCUUGUGAAUAAGUUUAUAUCUCCCAAGCCUGAAACGGAUAAGGUACGGUACAUGAAAGGACUGGGCAGGGCGCGGGCCGGGCCGGGCCGGGAGCCAUUCAGCUGCAUACGGUAUGCUGAGAAUAAUUAUCUUCUUUCCGGGCUGAGCCGCAGUUUAUGUCUUUGGGUGUGCGCGUAUGUGUGUGGGGUCUUCUGCGUCCUAGAAGACGCGAGGCCUCCAGCCGCCCAUUGUGUGAUGCCUCGUGCCGGUGGAUCAGGAGGAGUCCAUAUGCCAACCUAAUGGGCCUAGCCCCCAAUGCAUGCUCGUCACGAAUUGGCGGUUUUGCACGCGCUGCACAAGGGCACUUCGUCCUGCUGACCGCAUUUGCCUCCGGCUUGCCUCCCUUCUCAUGGGUCAGGGUGCGGUAUCAUGCAGGCCGCCAAGUAGUCCACUGAGGUCCACUCUUUCACGGUGUAACGCCUUUUGUCAAUGGCCAGGCACGAUGGUCAGGGGUGCCUUUCGCUACUUAUUCAUGGCUCGACCCAGUGAUUACUAUCUGGAAGUGAACUCGAUGGCCCGAUGGAGCCUGUUGCAAGGGUCCGCGCACGGAUUCUCAAGUUGAGUUGUAUUGAACAGUAGUCGUAUCCACAAAGCUGGUAGGGCCCGCCUGUAACUAUCUGCAUCCUUCGGACUGGGCUGGGAGCGGGCCGUCACAAAGUACGCCCAUGUUGCUUUGCGGCGUGGGUACGGCGUGCCCCCGCUUGUCGGGCUGUCCCUUCAAUUGUAAUCCGCAUCCAUG